AUGGCAUACUUUACUCCAGCUUCAAUCCUCGCAUCCAUGGACACCCCCUGCACCCCCUCCGCCAUGCUCUCCUACAACGGCUACCACCUCCAUGACGGCACCAGUAUGUCCUUUGACGACUCUUCCGAUUCUGACUCCUCCUACUCUGGCUCCUCCUCUUCUUCCUUCUCUACCGCUUCCAUGGGUCUCCACCCCCAAGAUCCAAACCACCCCCACAACCACCAUCACCACCAUCACCUUAACGGAGGAACCAUGCCCCAACACCACCACCAGCAUCCCCAAGCCGCCCUCCCCCCUCAGCCCCAGCCCCAGCAACAACAGCAAACUCAGCAGCCGGGUCAACAAGUCUCGUACCAUUACUUUUGCAACUUCCCCACUUGCGACUACCACUCUGCAAGAUCGGACCCCGUCAAGCGUCACAGGGACACGCAUUACCCGGAUUACAAGCCUUACACCUGCAACUACUGCCAGUCUUCCUCUGCGAGGAGGGAUUCGACGAGGGAGCAUUGUUUGAAGCAGCAUAAGGAUGAUUCGGAGAAUGCGUUCCGGUAUGAUACGACAAUCCCCAAGCCUGAAGGGUGGAUCGCCUAUGAGCCCAAGCGUGCCCCUUGGCCUCCAAUCAUGGUCUAA